UUGCCAUGCCGGCAAUUAUUCUCGUCAUUCCAAGUAUUACGACUGCAAUUGAACCCAGUUAUAAUGUCCGAUAAUGGGGAAGAAAGUUCCCAAAAAAAAUUCAAAAUGGGUGUAAGCUUGUGGUUAUCAAUUUGCGUCUUCGCCUGUUUAUGGUUCGUGAGCCGUUUCAUGACCGGCAGGAGGCAAUUGCAAAACAAUCUUCACGUAAUCGAAGACGGUUUGCGGCGAAUGCAAGAAGAAAUCGAGCGUCGCCAGCGCGAAAACAGCAUCAGCUACGGCGAAAACCUAGAAGAGAUCAUGGAAGAACUGAAGAAAGACGGACUAAUGAACGAGGAUCUGAAGGAGAAGGAGGAACAGGACAAGGAGGCGAAGCCAGGAAAGGAGGCGCUGGAGGCAGAACCACUACUCGUCCAGGAUAAAAAGAACGAUUAAGUACUACAGACCAGUGUGAUACCUAUAUUUUUACAAGUUUGUUGCUGUAAAUAUCACAGUAGUUGUUACUGUAUUUACAAUCUCUAUUUCAAAUAAAAACAUUAUUAUUUUCAAGAUAA